UCCUUCCUCAGUACAGCCGCGCCGCCUGAACCCGAAACAGCUUCACAGAGACGGCCUGAAAUUCUGAUUAUCCAAUUGCAAUUUCGGUUCUGAUUGUUAUAUGGCGAAUCAGAUAGAGAUGUGUGGGUUAUUCUGCUAAGAAAAAAAACGGGAAUUCGUGAUUAAUUUGUCAAUCGAUGACACUGUUUUUCGUGAUUAUUUUGAAAUAAAGAGCAGAAACCUUGAAUCAACCUGCAUUCACAUCGGACAUGAAUCCAGAUCACGUGAACGAAUUACAAAAACGGGUUUGUUUGUAAAUAUACAAGCUGAAGAAGGCGGUACCACCGUGGUUUUUCUUUACAUAAGCUUCAGUAUUUUACAGAUAUGUUGCUGAGAUUGGGUAUUAGUCGUUGGGCAGCAUGUCGCCUUUCAACCAGUGCAGCAACAAGUACUGCACAUGUUCCAAAAGUAUGCAUAGUCGGCAGUGGCCCAGCAGGGUUCUAUGCAGCACAACAAAUUAUAAAGAGUCAUGAGGCAGCAGAAGUAGACAUAUAUGAAAAAUUGCCGGUUCCUUUUGGGUUAGUGCGAUAUGGUGUUGCCCCAGAUCAUCCGGAAGUGAAGAACUGCAUUAACACAUUUACCCAGACAGCAAGCAAAAACAGAGUAACAUUUUUGGGCAAUAUAGAUAUUGGCUCCGAUGUGACUUUUUCGCAACUUAGACAAGCUUAUCAUGCAAUUAUUUUGGCCUAUGGUAAUGCAAAAGAUAGAAAACUGGACAUUCCCGGUGAAGAAUUAUCAGGGGUGCUAUCAGCAAGGCAGUUUGUUGGAUGGUACAAUGGGCUUCCUGAAGAUGCUGACUUGAAAGUAAAUCUUGAUGUAGAGUCUGUAGCUGUUGUUGGACAAGGAAAUGUUGCCUUGGAUGUUGCAAGAAUACUUCUCACGCCAAUGGAUAUGUUAAGGAAAACUGACAUUCCUGAAAAUGUCUUGGCUUGCCUUGAUAAAAGCCAAGUGAAAUAUGUAACCUUGAUUGGUCGAAGAGGACCACAGAAUGUUGCCUUUACCAUCAAGGAACUGAGAGAAAUGGUCAACUUGCCGGGUUGUCGACCUAACUUAAUUGCAGGCGAUUAUCAGCAUUUGAAAGAUUUGAUCCCAAGUUUGCCUCGCCCACGUAAAAGGUUGUUAGAAUUACUAGCCAAAACAGCCUUAGACACCCCUGCCCCAGCCCUUGCUUCAGCAUGGGCGUCGGCACAAAAGGAAUGGAGGUUAAGGUUUCUGCUCAGCCCAGUCGAAGUCCUUGCAGGAGCUGAUGGUCAGACUGUUUCUGGCUUGAAAUUAGCACAUAACAGACUGGAAGGUGAUGGGGAUAACCAACGUGCCGUGCAGACAGAAGAAACUGAGAGUCUUGAAUGCGGGCUCAUCCUAAGAAGCAUAGGCUACAAGGGUGUCCCCAUUGACUCUAGUUUGCCCUUUGAUCACCGCACUGGCACCAUUGCCAAUGAUAAUGGCAGAGUCAAAGGACACAAUGGAGUUUAUGUCAGCGGAUGGAUUGGCACUGGGCCAGUUGGUGUCAUUCUGUCCACCAUGACGAGUGGAUUCACUAGUGGAAAGAUGUUGGUGGCUGAUAUAAACUCAGGUCAAGUUGAUGUCUCCAGUGCGAGAGGUGGUAAAGAGGAAGUACUGGACAUUUUAUCCAAGAAAGAUAAGAAGCCAGUUACCUUCUCCGACUGGAACAGACUAGACAAAUUUGAGACUGAAAUAGGGGCCAAACUUGGGAAGCCACGAGAGAAAGUUACCAAUAUUCAGAAGAUGAUUGACAUCAGCCACGAUUGAUUGGUGCAAAUUUUUUAAUUUCUGCUGCAAAUGUGUUCCAGUAUCAUAUACAUUGUAAUUUAUUGUAUAUACAGAUCUUGCUGUUCUGUUUUGUAUGUUCAUAUUGGAGAGCUUGUUAAGCUUGCAUUAUUAAAGUGUUUGGAUCAUUUACAGACUGAUAAUUACAGUAUAGUAUUGGGCUUAGGAUGAGCCAUUUGAAUAAAAGGGAAAAAUCAUGUGAGAAUACUGUAUUUUGAUGUGAUAUACAUGAGAAGGGCAUCUUGUUUGAUUAUUUGAAAAUAAAUUAUGUAGAUAUACAAGUAAUAUUUGUAUAGUAUAAGUUAUUGUUUGCUGUCUUGUUCAUGUUUUGCUCAAAGGUUGAAAAUAGUUAUAAUGUAAAUAUUAUUAGUAUAUUUUUUACUAUACUCAGGCCUUGAAAUAAAUAUGAAAGAAUAUA